GCUAGCAUCGGCCAAGUAACUAAAUCUGUGUGCACGGGUAGAUUAGCUACAUAUUGCUGAAUGCACUCGAUGGACAGCAAAUCAGUUUUGUUCGAAACAGCUUCGUACAACUACUAGAACCUUUACUGUCGUAAGUGACUUGUUUUCUUCAAAUUUCUUUGAAUUGUGUACUUUGCGCGCUUUCUUCAGUCAAUGGUGUCUAGCGAAGACGUCACAUGAGUUAGUUACGUGAAUUAUUAGAAACAAACGCUCGUGGGGUGGGAUAGGAGUGGUGCGAAACGCGCAUGCGUAACAGUAAGUGAGCAAUGUUUCCAUGGCAAUGUUAGCAGUUGUUAACUUUUAUUACAUUAGCUAAUUAUUACUAUUAGCUAAGAACAGCACUAGCUGUCACAAAAACAGUUAUUGCAACAAUUAACUCAGACGCUACAUAAGUUAAAACGCUGCUUACGCCUAAUUCAAUCUUGUUGCCAUAGCAAUAAUCACAGAGUGACGUUACAUAACGUGAAGUGUCAAUUGUUUAGACCGAUCGACGAAAACACAAUUACUCAAAAUGAUUAAUUUGUAACAGAUGUCCCCUGGGUGUAGCGGUGGUGAAACGCAGUCACAUAAGUGAUCAUAGUUUCUAUAGAAACAUCUCUAGUGAUGACGUCACAUGACGUAAACUAUUGUAUGUUUACUUCCUUCAAAACUAGCAAAGAACGAUUCGAAUUUAUCAAUUCCUAAACGAUUCCCCGGGGGUAGGGGCGGUGGCGCACAGGCGGACGGACGCACGGACACUCAGAGUACACCCCUUUGACGCAUUAGAGAAAACUCGCUCGCUUGCAAAUAAAUUCAAUGCAAUCAAUUAACGUACGGGAAACUCAUGCUGUGACAAUUCCCGUAUAAAUCGAAACUCCGGGGAAUCGAUCUACCACGUCUUCGUGUACUCACAUUUUCUACUAGAGCACGUCACCUUACACACUGUCGACGAUGAAUUGCAUUUAUCUACCGUUACUCCUCGUCCUACACGCGACGUCGUCACGGAGCGCGCACAUCUUGCCAGUCGAGUUGGACACAUCGUCUGUGGCCGGCACGACAAGCGACUACUUCUUGUCUUUUACCAUCGAUGCGGGAGCAAUCAAAGGCCACCUCGAGCUCGUACGCAACUUCACGUCGCGGCGUCUACUCAAUAUGGCAAGAGAAUUGUCGCCCGCAGUUUGGCGAAUCGGAGGAACGAGCCAGGAUUAUAUUGUAUUCAAUGUUUCGUCGAAAGAGGCGACGGGUAUUAAUGUUGUGAUGAGCACGGAGCAAUGGGAUCAGAUCAACCGCUUCGCACGUGACGCCGGUCUACAUCUCAUCUUUGGUCUUUCGGCUCUAAUCAGGCAGCAGAACGGUCGCUGGGAACCGAGCAAUGCGUUGCAACUUAUGGAAUACACGUCGAAAAACGGGUAUGCGGUCAGCUGGGAGUUAGGAAACGAGCCUGAUCUGUUCAGCAAGCGUGGAGCAUGUGUAAAAGCAGUGCAGUUGGCACAAGAUUUUCAAACACUGAGGCAGAUACUGGGGUGUUUGUCUUUUGGAGAAGCGUCCAAGGACGGUCAUUACCAUGUGAAGCUUGCUGGUCCUGAUAUUGCUUCAUUGACUGGAGGCAACUACUUUUCUGAUUUCUUACAAGCAGUUGGUGAUGGUGUGGUGGAUGCAGUCACAUGGCAUCAGUACUACAAGAGCGGAGCAAAGGCAAAGGUGGAGGACUUCUACAGCUCUGACUUGCUCGACCGUCUCAUCGGUCAGCUCGCCAAAGCAAGAAACUUGACCGAACAGUAUGUUCCCAGCGCCGAAAUUUGGCUGGGAGAGACAUCGAGCGCAUACAACGGAGGAGCGGUAAACCUAUCAGACACAUUCAUCGCUGGAAAUCUAUGGCUUGAUAAACUGGGUCUGGCUGCCCUACACAACCACACUGUGGUGUGUAGACAGGCGUUGGUGGGCGGAUACUAUUCCCUUCUCGAUAGCAAUUUCUAUCCUCUGCCGGAUUAUUACACAUCCGUGUUGUACAAACGUCUUGUGAGUUCACGAGUACUUUACGUCAAAAACAGCUUGAAACCGGGUCGACUGGUACGGGUAUACGCUCACUGCAGCAAUCAAACAACGUUUUCGAAUGGUCACGUGACGUUCAUUGUAAUCAACCUGAUAAACGAGACAAUCCAGGUUCAGUUGCCCGACAGUUUGGCACAACGUCCAGUGUAUCUCUACUUGCUGACGCCGGGAGGCGGCGACAUUCUAAGCAAGCAAGUGAUGCUGAACGGGAAGAUCUUGGAACUCGAUGAGAAUGACAAACUGCCAGACUUGUCCGGCAAGCGAUUGGCGGCACAUGCAGCCAUCGCGUUUCCAGGUCUCACGUAUGGCUACAUCGUUACCGGUGCUACAGUCGCAGCAUGCAUGUAGGCCAAUGUGACAUUCGGAUUGCAGUGCGACCAAAACAACUUUGUGUGUUCAUCGAUGUAAUAUCAUUUAUUACGUUUCUACGUCUUUUUCUAGUCAAUACAGUUGAGAUGUGUUUUGGU